UGGAAGGGGCCUCGAACUUCUGCGCCUCGGGGGAUGGGAACUACAAUUCCCAGAGAGCUCUGCGGCCGAGCUCCUCAGGCUGGUUUUUCAGAGCUCUGCUGCCCUGGGGUCUGUCCCUGCAGGCGCCGUGGCCUGAUUUGGCGGGAGGGGCGGCCCUGUGGGGGUCGUGCCUCCUGGUGCCAACCCGGGACGCCAGUCCUGGAGGCAAGGGUCAUUCAUGUUGUGGAGAAAACUAUGAACAUUUCAGAGAAUGUGCUCUCUUCUGGAUCCUCAUUAGCCUCACAGGUUCAUGCUGCAGCAGUGAAUGGAGAUAAGGGUGCCCUUCAGAGACUCAUUGUUGGAAACCCUUCUCUUAAAGACAAAGAAGACCAAUUUGGGAGAACUCCACUUAUGUAUUGUGUGUUGGCAGACAGAUUGGACUGUGCAGAUGCUCUUCUAAAAGCAGGAGCAGAUGUCAAUAAAACUGAUCAUAGCCGGAGAACAGCCCUCCACCUUGCAGCCCAAAAGGGAAAUUACCGCUUUAUGAAACUCUUGCUUACACGCAGAGCAAACUGGAUGCAGAAGGAUCUAGAAGAGAUGACACCUUUGCAUCUGACUACCCGGCAUAAAAGCCCCAAGUGUCUAGCCCUCCUGCUGAAGUUUAUGGCCCCUGGGGAGGUGGAUACACAGGACAAAAACAAGCAAACAGCUUUGCACUGGAGCGCCUACUACAACAACCCAGAGCAUGCGAAGCUGCUCAUCAAGCAUGACUCCAACAUUGGGAUUCCUGACAUGGAAGGCAAGAUUCCACUCCACUGGGCAGCCAACCAUAAAGAUCCAAGCGCUGUGCACACAGUGAGAUGCAUCCUGGAUGCUGCCCCAACAGAGUCUUUAUUGAACUGGCAAGACUACGAGGGCCGCACACCUCUUCACUUCGCGGUGGCUGAUGGAAACCUAACGGUGGUGGAUGUCUUGACCUCCUAUGAAAGCUGCAACAUAACAUCUUACGAUAACUUAUUUCGAACCCCACUUCACUGGGCAGCCUUACUAGGCCAUGCACAGAUUGUCCAUCUCCUUUUAGAAAGAAACAAGUCUGGAACUAUCCCUUCUGACAGCCAAGGAGCAACACCCUUACACUAUGCAGCUCAGAGUAACUUUGCUGAAACAGUUAAAGUGUUUUUAAAGCAUCCUUCAGUGAAAGAUGAUUCCGACCUGGAAGGAAGAACAUCCUUCAUGUGGGCAGCAGGGAAAGGCAGUGAUGACGUGCUCAGGACUAUGCUGAGUUUAAAAUCUGACAUUGACAUUAACAUGGCAGACAAGUAUGGAGGCACAGCUUUACAUGCUGCUGCCCUUUCUGGCCAUGUCAGCACCGUGAAAUUAUUAUUGGACAAUGAUGCUCAAGUAGAUGCUACUGACGUCAUGAAACACACUCCACUCUUCCGAGCCUGUGAGAUGGGGCACAAAGAUGUGAUUCAGACACUUAUUAAAGGUGGAGCAAGGGUAGAUCUGGUUGACCAAGAUGGACAUUCACUUCUUCACUGGGCAGCACUGGGGGGAAAUGCUGAUGUCUGCCAGAUACUGAUAGAAAAUAAGAUCAACCCAAAUGUGCAGGAUUAUGCAGGAAGAACGCCUCUUCAGUGUGCUGCAUACGGAGGGUACAUCAACUGCAUGGCUGUGCUCAUGGAAAACAACGCAGAUCCCAACAUCCAAGACAAAGAGGGACGAACAGCUUUGCACUGGUCCUGUAAUAAUGGCUACCUUGAUGCAAUUAAAUUACUGCUAGAUUUUGCUGCUUUCCCUAACCAGAUGGAGAACAACGAGGAGAGGUACACACCCCUUGAUUAUGCAUUGCUUGGUGAGCGCCAUGAGGUGAUCCAGUUCAUGCUGGAACAUGGUGCCCUGUCUAUCGCAGCUAUACAAGACAUUGCUGCCUUCAAAAUCCAAGCUGUCUACAAAGGAUACAAGGUCAGAAAGGCCUUCCGGGACCGCAAAAACCUCCUCAUGAAGCAUGAACAGCUGAGAAAAGACGCUGCAGCUAAAAAACGGGAGGAGGAAAGCAGGAGGAAGGAAGCUGAACAGCAAAAAGGACAGCUGAGCACAAAUCCCCCCAGACUCCAAGUUCCUUCCUGUCCACCCAGCCCCAAGAACAAGGCCAGCAAGCAGAGUGCAGCCUCUAGCAAACAGCCAUCUGCUGACCACACAGUCAAGGACCCUGACCCGGAGCACAGCAGAAGGUCUUCAGGCCGAUGCCCAGGCAGGGCCUCCCACAGAGAUUAUUCCUCAGACCUUCAGGGAACAGCCUCCAGGAAGCCCAAUGAAACACCCAGGGAACACUGCAGACGUUCCUCUGCCUGUGUGCACCUCAGAUCCUGUGAAGGCGGUGAUGGCUCCAGGCAUCGGGGAGCAUCCUCUGUGGAGAAGAGCAGAGGUGAGACCAAUGGCGAGCACCAGUGUGACAAGGGACCAAUCAGGACUGGGCAGCCCUUGUCCUUUGGGUCAGCCCAGCCUGCUGAGAGAGGAGAGGACUCCAGCCCUGCAAGUGCUUCCCAGCAGGACAGCCCCAGGAAGCCCAGCAAAAGGCAGGACAGAGCCCCCAGGCCCGGAGGUGCUCCUCAGAAAAGGUGCACGCACCAGCUCAGAGACAGGUGCUCCCCAGCUGGGUCCAGCCGGCCUGGCAGUGCCAGGGGGGACAUUGCCUAUACUGAACAGAGCCCUCUCCAUCAUCGCACACCAAGAACCAAGGUGACCCAGGACAAGCUUAUAGGAGGGGUCUCCUCAGAUUUGCCAUUCAGCACAGAAGAGUUGAGGUCAGGAUGCAAGAUGCUAUGUGAGGACAUUCUGGCAUCUACAGAGAGUGAUGUGGUUCAUGGCCCCCCACCUGGACAGACUGUGAACAUUCACCUUCUUCCUGUAGAGCAGCGCCUGCAGAUAAUCCAGAGGGAGCGAAGUAGGAAAGAGCUGUUUCGCAGAAAGAACAAGGCAGCAGCCGUCAUCCAGCGAGCCUGGCGAAGCUACCAGCUCAGGAAGCAUCUGUCUCGUCUUCUGCACAUGGAGCAGCUCAGAGCCGGAGACGUGCUUAGAUGUAGCCAAGUGUGCACAGCCCUGCUCCUCCAGGUCUGGAGGGCAGAAGUGGAACUCAAGUUCCCAAAGUCCAUCUCCGUCAGCAGAGUGCCCAAAAGUUCAUCCAAAGGCAUGUCGACCACGAAGUCUGCCAGGCAUGCUGUGCUCAGGCAGAUCUACGGUUGCUCUCAAGAAGGGAAAGUACAUCAUGCCAUCAAAUCUUCCAAAGGCCCUCCUGUGCUGCCUCUCAAUUCAGUGAACAGUUUGCAGUCUAUACAUCUUGACAACAGUGGAAGAUCAAAGAAGUUUUCUUACAACCUGCAACCAGCCAGUCAAUCAAAGAACAAGCCCAAGCUUUGACCCUGGGGAAAGGCAGAACCAGUGUGGAGUUCUGCACUCUAUCAGCUGUCUCUCACUCAUGAGAAAGCUUCACUGUCUGUAGCUAAAGCCUUACUAUAAGGAAUAUGAGGUAGAACUCAGACGAUGUUCCAGUGUUUCCUCCCGGUGCACAGUCAAAGGACCGGAGCAGACUUUGCUUGUGUGGACUGCCUAGCUGUGUGCUUCACCUCAGUCAGUGUGGCUGGAAAUGAGAACCAACACUACCUGAACAAAGGAACUUUGGGUUGGUAUUCCUGACAGUUAACUGGCACCAGCCUUGUUUUUUCACUCUAGAGAACCUCAGUGAGAUGGGAAACCCGUGCUACCCCAGCCACCUUCAACUUUACUUUUAGAGACUUCCCAGAAGACUGAAAGUACACUGUUGAUCCCUUAGUUCUGUUUCCAAAUUGACCCUGGAAAGCUACAAGAUGCAGCCUUGUGCCCACUCACUCUCUCUGACUGGGGAUAAUAUCACAGCAUCAAGAAACCAGUAGGACAGGGCUCACAACACAGUGAGCCAAAGCAGGUCUCUCAUCCACUUGGCAUCUUCUGACCAACUUGCUGAACUAAGCAGUUUUCCCGGAGUGCCAUUUCUUCUGGGGAAGUAACCACCUUCUGGCUCUCUAAGAGCAAUUGGCUUAAAUAAAGUCUAAGUGACAAGAGGCACAAUCAACAGCAGGCCACUCCUGUGCUAACAGUAAAGCACAUGAAGCAGUGUUUACCUCAUUGAAUUACCUUGAUGUUUAGUUUAGAAAAUUAUAUUCAGAAUUAUAAAAAUAGGUUUACCUAGAUGUGAUCACAGAGAUUCAGCUAAUUUGUUGAUAAGUGAAUGAAGGCACCAUAGAUUUCUAUAUGUACUGUGAACAUCUAGCUCUUACGAAAUUCAAAAUGUGCUAGUCUAGACAAACAAUGUGAUAGCACUGAGAACUCUUAGGCCUUAUUUUCCCACUUCAGUACAAAGGUAGCUCAUGAACAACUUUUUUCAAAGUUUAGCUUUAAUGACAAACAUCUUUUACAUCAUCAGUCUUUCUUCAAAAUAAAAUGGCUGUGCAUGAACAAUUUCAAACAGGAGGUACCACGGUGCUUCUUCAAUACAAUGCAUUCAAUAUACUAGGUCCCUGGGGAUGGCCACUGAUGUACACGCUGAAGCAGUAAUGUAAGUCUGUAAGCCACUGCUCCUGAACACUACCACUCUUCAAAGUCUGCAAAGAAAAAGAAAAGGUAAUUUAAAUUGAGAACAGUACUACAUGAACACAUUUUUCAUGGCCUAUGUAGAAGUAUCCUUCCCACCGGACAGUGCUGGUACAAGCCUUUAAUCCCAACACCUGGGAGGCAGAAGGAUCUCAGUGAGUUUGAGGCUAGCCCUGUGUACAGAGCAAGUUCCAGGACAGGCAGGAUGUAUGGGGGUGCAUGCACAUGCACGCAACGCACACACACACACACCCUCCUCCAGAGAAACCAGAGGAAGUCAUCUUAAAAUAGAAAGCUAUCAACUACUGGGUGUUGCUACAGCUGAUGAAAAUUCCUCUUUAUGUCCUUAUAGGUUCAAAUUAUGAAAUGGCUCCCACCAGCUCAGAUGUUUGAAUAAUUGGUCCCCACCUAGUAUUGCUGUUUUGGAAGCUAAGAACUUGUACGUACUCUGAGCCUACUUAUGGUCCAAGCUCCCUACUUUCUGACCCACUAAGUUGUAAACCCCUCCUAGCAAACUCCCACUGCCAGAGAUGCAUCCCAGCCACAGUGCGUAUUCCACAAUAAUAGACGAUGCCCUCUUAAACUGUCAAAUAAAGUCUUUUCUUUUAAAUUA